CACAGGAAAAACUCCUGGUGAAGCGACUGAGAUCCACGUGACACAUUAUUAUAAAUAUGGCAUUUAUUAAAGAGGAGAGUGAAGAAAUGAAGAUUAAAGAAACAUUCAGAGUGAAACAAGAAAAUACAGAGGAACAAACAAAGAUGGCCCUUAUUAAAGAGGAAAGUGAAGACAUGAGGAUAGAAGAAACAUUCAGAGUGAAACAAGAAGAUACAGAGGAACAAACAAAGAUGGCGCUUAUUAAAGAGGAGAGUGAAGACAUGAGGAUUGAAGAAACAUUCAGAGUGAAACAAGAAGAUACAGAGGAACAAACAAAGAUGGUGCUUAUUAAAGAGGAGAGUGAAGACCUGAGGAUUGAAGAAACAUUCAGAGUGAAACAAGAAGAUACAGAGGAACAAACAAAGAUGGCGUUUAAUGGCUCGGUGCACAAGAUGGCGUGCAUAAACUUCCCGGAAGCAAGUGUGUGCAUGCUUACUUCUGAUCGUAAUAACACUGUGAGGGAAGAGGAGAAGAAAGCGAAUAUGAGCGAGUUUAAAGUAAAAAAGAACAAACUAAUCUAUCAGCGACAGGAGAGAAGAUCAUCGCUACAUUGCUGUGUACCCCAAUGUGCUAAUUCAUCUCGUUAUAACUCCGUGAUAAGCUUUCAUGCGUUCCCGAUUGACCCAGAAGUUCGGGCUCAGUGGUUAGCCAGGAUUCGCAGGGACAACUUCACUCCUACAAAAAACACUAGAGUGUGUAGUGUACAUUUCAAACGAGAUGAUUUUGUUUUGACUAUUAGGACACUAAGAAAACUUAAAAAGGGAACUAUCCCUUCUCUUUUUGCGUGGAAUCACUAUACACUACCCACACAGAGAGCAAAUGUUUGAGACCAUCGACCAAGAUGCCCCGUACCUGCAACAUCCCCAUCUGACUUCAAGAUGAGUGAAACCAAAGUCUUUAUCUGUCUGCAAAACUCUGCAUUGUGUCAUCCGGCAGGGUUUUGCUGACAAAUAAACAGGCAUAUCUCAGUACAGCUGAAAUGGAGAAAGAUUAAACAUUGUUCAUUUGCGUAUACUGUCAACAUUCUAACAAUGCAAAGCUGGUUGAAAAUCAGCAAACUUGUCCUUUAAAUUAAACCAGGGGUGUUCAGCCCUGCUCCUGGAGUGUGACUGUCAUGCAGACUACAGUUCCAACCCCAAUCAAGCACA